AAGUAUUCACAAAGUGGUUUUAAUUUUUGAAAAUUUGGAUCGUCAGAAACUUUUUGUGGAGUAGUAAAUCCAGAGUGUUUCUUCGAAAUCUACGCAUCAACUACAUAAAGAUAAUCUUUAGUAGACAUCGUUUUAUGGACACUUAAAAUUUCGUUAUUUCGCAGUAAAAAGUUGUCUUUUAUUGUUUACUCUUUCCCGAAGGAUGAGAGAGUGUUGAAGGAAAGUAUACGUCAACGAAAUCGAUCGUGUGGUUGCCAAGCGCCUGAAAAAACAGCGACAAACAAGUGCGAAUGUCAGAUUCUGUGUCGAUGUCAAGAACAGAAUCUGAAAAAGCGAAAAAGUUUUUUGAACUACUGUAAUAGUUAAAGGAAUAGUACAAAAACACAAUGGCUGAUGCCGGAAAGGAGAAAGGUCCCGACGAAGAUGAAAGAAUGGAAUUUAUCCUUAACUAUCUCGUCAAGAGUAUGAGACUAAAAAUGGAAAAAUGGAAUAAAAUGCUCGGAACUCCUGAAUUCUUGAGAAUUGUCACUGGCUUUCUAAAUAAACCAGAUGAGCGCAUGAUGUUGUUAUCAGUGCCUGCGACAGGACUUUUGACUCCAACUAAAGACUUCAGUGGUGGCAUCAAAGCGAAAACCACAUUCUUCAUAAAAAAAAUUAGAGACGUGGUAACCAUGCAAAACUUUCGAGACGUCGUAAUUUUCGGAGAUAUAUCUCCGAAACCUGUUGACGAACUUGUAGCACUAGGGGAAGCUGUAAUAGCGCCCCUAUUAACAAACCUUGAAAAUCACAAGGGAUGGCCUGUGGCUAUUUCUAAUGACGUUUUAAAACACGUAUUGGAUUUUAAAAACGUUAUUUACCAGGCAAAGGGUGCUCUUAAGAGUCAAACUUUACUCGCAAUGCCUCCGGGUGUUGAGAGAGUAUUUGAAGCGCAACUGAAACUCGAAGAGUCUGGUGGUGAAGACAUUGAUCUGAGUUUAAAAACAGCGAUUGAAGAGACUAUUAUACGAUGGACAAAAAUUUGUGGAGAAAUUAUUAAACAAAAUUCCACUAUAAUGUUUGCUAAUAACGCUCAUCCGCUGCCUUACAAAGAGGUUGAAUUUUGGGUCGCGAGACUUAAAAACAUCGAGAGUAUAUAUGAUCAACUUAGGGACCCCAGGGUAAAGAAAAUGGCAGAAUAUUUGGAAAAUACCAACAGCUCUUACGUGUCAAGUUUCAAUACCAUGUUCAAAGAAGUUGCUGCAGCUGUAGUGGAAGCAAGAGAUGUAACCCUUUACUUGAAACCUAUGGAAUCAAUUUUUUCGAGAUUUGACGAAAACGAAUUUCCCAAUUUGGGUUACGUGGUAAAACCUCUGCUGCACUGCUGUGGUUUACUUUGGGGACACUCCCGUUAUUACUGUGAACUUUCGAAAAUGGCGCUGAUGCUCCAAGAAAUAGAAAAUCUAUUUAUAGAAACGUGUUCGCUACAAUUAGAUCCCAGCGCAAUAUUCCAAGGAGACGUGGAGGAAACCAUCAUGAAGAUCGAGAAAUCGUUAGAUGUUAUGAAUUCGUUUAUUGAUGAUUUCGAAGUACUUCGAGCUAACAUAGCUUACUUCUUUCCUGCAGGAGUCGAAGUAAAAGAGCUGACUUUCCAUCCUCGUACGGUUUUCCAAAGGCUAAUGAACUACAUAAAGAGAGUGGAAUUAGUCUGUACAAUAUUGAAAGAUUACGUCGAAUACGGCAAACUUGACAGAGUUGAAAUCGGCGGAUUGAAAGGAAAAUUUCACGCUGCUAAAAUCGAAGAAGUGUUCGAUGAAUUUACUAAAGCCUACGCAGUUUUCAACAAUAUCCAGUAUGAUGUUAUGGAACCAGACGAUCAGAACAUACAUCAGGACUACGAAACAUUUGCGGAAAAAUGCAGAGACCUGGACAGGAAAUUGGUUGCCGUUUUCAAUCAAAGUAUAAACGACUGUUACACAAUGGCGUCUGUUUUUAAACUUGUUGCUGUCAUGGGUACUUUGAUAGAUCGACCAAUAAUUGCUGCAGCCAUCAGACCAAGAUACACGAUGCUUAUUGAUUUUUUUAACGAAGAAUUGGAUCAGGUCAAGAUUGAAUACGAUAAUGGUAAAAGGGAUGGUAUCCCAAUCGAUAACUUUUAUCCACCAACGGCGGGUGUGCUUACGUGGUUAUACAAGCUGAAGCAAAGGAUACUGCAACCGGGUGAAGAUUUUAAACUACUGGACGAUAAAAUAGUUAGAUCAGAAGAUACAUUGCACGCUUUUGAAAAGUGGGACCAAAUGCUUGGAAUAUUGAAUACCGAAUUCGAUAGAGUAUUUGCCGAGUGGGCUGCAGCUGCUCCGGGAAUUUUACAAGUGAAUAUCGACAAGAAGCUUUUAAUACGAAAUUCGUCAGGAUUAUUAGAACUUAAUUUCGAUUUCGAACUAACGACAAUAAUACGUGAAGUCAAAUGCAUGAAAUAUUUGCAAGUGGAGGGAAUCCCCGAACCUAUACUUCAAUUCUACGACAGAAACGAAGAAUUACAGUACUGUCUGAUUGGGCUUAGAAGAAUAGUGCAAUGGUAUAAUCAUAUUAAGCUGAAAACAUUACCGGUUGAAUAUAAAUUGGUAGAAGACGAGGUCACUUUUAUUGACGAAGGUUUAGAAGCAUUAGUAAAUGAGUUGAACUGGACAACUGACAAUACCGAUGCAAUAUAUGAUGUUCAUGCAAAAACGAAAAGUUUAUACGAAAGAAUUCUCGAAGCACAAGCGAACGUAGCUGCAGUUAUAGCGGGAAUCGAGGCAUGGUCGUUACCGUUGUUUGAAAGAAAAGAAGGGAUCAAAGAGAAUCUCAUUGGACUUGGUGACAGAGCUGAUAGAGUUCAAAAACGUUACGAUCAAGUUACUGCUUCCUCUGGAGAAGUAGCAAAAAUGCUGGAGAAAAACUAUAGACUCUAUUUUGACCUACCAGAGCCCGAAGAAGAACCGGAUCCGGAUGCUAUUCCAGAAGAGGGAGUCGUCGUGGUUGAAGAAACCCCACCACCACAACCACCACCACCCCCACCACCACCUCCUGAGGAAGAGAAGAAAGGAAAAGGAGACAAAGACAAAGAUAAAGAUAAGAAGAAAAAGGCGAAAGAACCAGAGAAAACACCUGAAGAAAUCCAAGCUGAACUGGAAGCUGCCCAGAAGGCUCUCGAAGAAGAACAGAAGGAAAUAGAAAGGCAAGCAAAAUGGACAGAAUAUCGGGAUUACAUUGACGGUGUCCUAUAUGAAAAAGUGAUAAAUGCAGUCGGGAUCAGUUUGAGUUAUAUAAUAACCGAAAUGGACAACACAAUAGACCAACCGCCGUUAUUCUCGAUUGUUUUGGAAUUGCACGAGCCCAGAAUAGUCUACGUUCCAACGGUAGAUCUUGCUGAAAGGGACAACUUUUUCAGAUUCAUCGUGUCACUUAUAGAAGACAUGAACAAUAUGGGAAAGUAUAUGGCAAGAGUUUCCGAAAACGCCGUCGAACCCAAUUAUUAUCGCGCCAUACUGAACACGGAAUCAAUUCAAAGCCAGUACACUAAAAUAUUGCAACAGGUUCUGAUUGCGAUAGAGAAUGCACAGGCUUAUGUAAAAAAAUUCGACGUUUAUAAGUACCUUUGGUUGGAGAAUAGGCAAGAAGUACUCGAGCAAUUUCUUAUUUAUGGAAGGAUACUGACGGCAGAAGAAAUAGAAUUUAUUCGGAUGGAAGAGAAAGAAGGAGUCGAGUUCAAACCAACGCCACCAACAAUGCAGGACUUUAAAGCCCAAAUAGAUUAUUACGAGGAUUUGUUUAAGCAAAUGCAACUCGUUGAAACGGAGUACAUCAUAGACAAAUGGCUUCACGUUGACGUACGUCCUUUACGACAAGCGAUUUUAAAUAUAGUUAGCAAAUGGGAGAACAUGUUUAUACAACAUCUGAAAGAUAGAGUUUACAAUAGUCUCGCCGAACUGAGAGCAUUCAUUGACGAGGCAAUACCCGCCAUGCAAGUGGAACUGGACGAAGACGAUUACGAUGGUCUCAUAAAGGUCAUGGGUUACUUAUUUAAAGUAAAGGAACGUAUGCUGGAGACGGACAACAUGUUCGAUCCUUUGAAAGAAAUUAUCGACUUACUUGCUGAAUACGGAGUCGAAUUUCCAGAAGAAAUUCACGUGGAGUUACAAGAACUUCCUGAAUAUUGGAUGCAAUGCAAAAAGGUGGCUGUGACUACCAAACAAAACGUUGCGCCCUUACAAGCCAAACAAGUGAACGCGAUCAAGAGACGAAUUAUGAUCUAUGAAAUCAGACAAACUAUGUACCGAGACGUGUUUAGGACUUAUCCAAUGUUUAAAUUUGAUUGCAAAAACGUCUAUGACGUAAUGGACAAAGCGAACAGGGAAAUUACCGAUCUCGAAAAUGAACAAAAUAAACUUGAGGAGCAGACGUUUCUCUUUGAAAUUCCCUUUCAAGAAUUCAAACAGAUCAAGGUUUGUCGACGGGAAAUAAGAUUACUGAAGCAACUGUGGGAUUACGUGAACAUUGUAAUGUCUUGGAUAGAAGACUGGAAGAAGACUCCGUGGAAGAAGAUAGACGUUGAGGGAAUGGAAAUGGAACUGAAAAAGUUUGGCAAAGACAUCAAGGCUAUGGACAAGGAGCUUCGAAGUUGGGAUGUCUACAUACAAUUCGAAGGUGUUAUAAAGAAUCUCCUGACAUCUCUUAGGGCAGUGACGGAACUUCAAAAUCCUGCCAUCAGGGACCGACAUUGGCAACAGUUGAUGCAAGCAACAAAGGUGAAGUUUGUCAUGGACGAUUCUACUACAUUGAAUGAUUUGUUGGUGCUGAAUUUGCACAAAUUCGAAGAAGAAGUUAAAACGAUCGUUGAUAAAUCGGUCAAGGAGAUGGCUAUGGAGAAGGUAUUGAAAGAAAUUAAAGCGACUUGGAGUUCGUACGAAUUCGAGGUCGAGUAUCACGAAAGGACGAAAUUGAAACUUUUAAAGGGAUCCGAAGAAAUGGUGGAGUUGUUAGAAGAACAUCAAGGAGCUUUGCAAAACAUGAUGACAUCGAAGUUUAUUGACUUCUUCUUCACGGAAGUAACCGAAUGGCUUACGAAGCUUUCGAUGGCCGAUGCUGUGAUAUCGGUUUUCUACGAAGUUCAGAGGAAAUGGAGUUAUUUGGAGAGCAUUUUCAUAGGUUCUGAGGAUAUUCGGUCGCAGUUACCGGAAGAUUCCAGAAGAUUCGAUAGAAUCGAUAAGGAAUUUAAGGAUGUAUUGAAUGACAUGACCAGAAACUUGAACGUUAUAGUGGCUACCAAUAAACCUGGCUUGGUACGUCGCAUUGAAGGUUUGGAAGCUGAUUUGACCCUUUGCGAGAAAGCUCUCAAUGAUUAUUUAGAAACGAAGAGAUUGGCUUUUCCCCGUUUCUACUUUGUUUCAUCGGCCGACUUGUUGGAUAUUCUAUCCAACGGGAACAAUCCUCCGAUGGUUUGCAGACAUCUGACGAAACUAUUUGACAAUUUGGCAAAACUAAGAUUCGUCCAAGAAGGAGGUAGAGAUAGUAAAAGAGCGUCGGGAAUGAUGUCGAAGGAACACGAGGAAUAUGUUCCGUUCAUAUCGAGUUGUGAUUGUUCGGGUAAAGUCGAAGUAUGGCUAAACAGGGUAAUAGAUGUAAUGCGUACAACGUUACGUAAGGUCUUCCAAGACGCCGUGGUCAGUUACGAUGAAAAACCAAGAGAAGUUUGGUUGUACGACUAUCCGGCUCAGCCAGCUCUCUGUGGAACGCAAAUAUGGUGGACGACAGAAGUGAACAUGGCUUUCGCUAGGUUGGAAGAGGGUUACGAGAAUGCACUGAAAGAUUAUAAUAGGAAACAGAUUGCCCAGUUGAAUGCACUCAUUAAUUUACUUUUGGGCGACUUGACCAGCGGAGAUCGGCAAAAAAUUAUGACUAUUUGCACGAUCGACGUCCAUUCGAGAGACGUGGUGGCAAAAAUGAUAGCUGUAAAAGUUGACAACUCCCAGGCAUUCCAAUGGCAAAGUCAAUUGCGUCACAGAUGGGACAACAAAAUCGCUGACUGUUUCGCUAACAUUUGCGACGCCCAGUUUCGUUAUCAGUACGAAUAUUUGGGGAACACCCCCAGAUUAGUCAUAACCCCGCUCACUGACCGUUGUUACAUCACGUUGACGCAGAGUCUCCAUUUAAUAAUGGGCGGUGCUCCUGCUGGACCCGCAGGAACAGGAAAAACCGAAACCACGAAAGAUUUGGGCAAAGCUUUGGGCAUUAUGGUAUACGUGUUUAAUUGUUCGGAACAAAUGGACUACAAAUCGGUCGGAAACAUCUACAAGGGCUUGGCCCAAACUGGCACGUGGGGAUGUUUUGACGAAUUCAAUAGGAUCUCUGUGGAAGUGUUGUCGGUGGUAGCAGUACAGGUCAAGACCAUUCAAGACGCAAUCAAAAAUAAGAAAGUUAGGUUUUUGUUUUUGGGAGAAGAUAUAACGUUGAUUAAGACGGUUGGGAUUUUCAUAACCAUGAACCCUGGUUACGCCGGUAGAACCGAGCUCCCCGAAAAUCUGAAAGCUCUCUUCCGCCCCUGUGCAAUGGUGGUGCCAGACUUUGCGCUCAUAUGCGAAAUUAUGCUGGUGGCAGAGGGAUUUCAAGAGGCUCGUCUUUUAGCCAGAAAAUUCAUCACACUCUACACGCUAUGUAAAGAACUACUGAGCAAACAAGAUCACUACGACUGGGGUUUACGUGCCAUCAAGUCAGUACUGGUCGUUGCGGGUUCUCUGAAGAGAGGUGACAGAUUGAGACCUGAAGAUCAGGUGCUUAUGCGAGCACUGAGAGACUUCAACAUUCCCAAAAUCGUUACCGACGACGUACCGGUAUUUAUGGGUCUGAUUGGCGACUUAUUUCCGGCCUUGGACGUACCGCGUAAGCGAGAUUUGGAAUUUGAGAAGACGAUCCGUAAAUCGGCGAUGGAUUUGAAGCUACAACCGGAAGACGGAUUCGUGUUGAAAGUUGUACAGCUCGAGGAAUUGUUUGCCGUGAGACAUUCCGUAUUCAUAGUCGGUUUUGCUGGUACAGGUAAAACGUGUGUCUGGAAAACUCUCAACAAAACGUACGCAAACCAAAAACGAAAACCGUUUUACAACGAUCUGAACCCGAAAGCGGUAACAAACGACGAACUUUUCGGAAUUAUCAAUCCGGCUACUCGAGAAUGGAAAGACGGACUAUUUUCGGUCAUUAUGAGAGAUCAAGCAAACAUGGCCGGCGACGGGCCGAAAUGGAUCGUGCUCGACGGCGAUAUCGAUCCCAUGUGGAUUGAAUCGUUGAACACUUUAAUGGACGACAACAAAGUGCUGACGUUGGCGAGUAACGAAAGGAUCGCUUUGACCCCGUUCAUGAGACUGUUGUUUGAAAUUGCAAAUUUGCGAACGGCAACACCCGCCACCGUGUCCAGGGCUGGAAUAUUGUACAUAAAUCCGGCCGAUCUCGGCUGGAAUCCGUACGUGAGUUCCUGGAUCGAUACGCGAGAAUCGCAGAACGAAAAGGCCAAUCUUACGAUUUUAUUCGAUAAAUAUAUUCCGACGUGUUUGGACGCGACUAGAACGAAAUUUAAGAAAAUAACACCGAUAUGCGAGAUUGCACAUUUGUGCAUGAUCUGUUUCUUGUUAGACGCAUUUUUAGUGCCUGAAAACGUCCCCCCCGACUGUCCCAAAGAAUGGUACGAGAUCUAUUUCGUGUUUUGUGUCGUAUGGGCUUUCGGAUCGUCACUGUUCCAGGAUCAACUGGCCGAUUGGAGAAACGAAUUUAGCAAAUGGUUCGUUAACGAGUUCAAGACCGUAAAAUUCCCGGCCGCCGGCACAGUGUUUCAUUAUUACAUCGAUCAAGAAACGAAAAAGUUUCAACCGUGGACGGACCUGGUUCCCAAGUUUGAGUUUGACCCCGAAAUUCCGUUACAGGCAACCCUGGUGAACACGGCAGAGACUGUGCGUGUCAGAUAUUUCGUCGACAUACUUAUAGCCAACAAACAUCCCGUUAUGUUAAUUGGAAAUGCGGGAAGCGGCAAGUCCGUCAUAAUGAUCGAUAAACUUGACAGUCUUCCGGAGAGCUACGCGGUUACGAAUGUCCCUUUUAAUUUCUACACAACAUCUGAAAUGCUGCAGAAAAUUUUGGAAGGACCGCUAGAGAAAAAGGCAGGCAGGAUGUACGGUCCUCCCGGUAAUAAAACAAUGAUUUAUUUCGUUGACGACAUGAACAUGCCAGAGGUUGAUAAAUACUUCACGGUACAACCGCACACAUUAAUCAGACAAUGGAUGGACUAUCAGCAUUGGUACGACAGACAAAAACUAUCACUGAAAGAUAUAAGUAAUGUUCAAAUGGUGUCGUGUAUGAAUCCAACGGCUGGUUCCUUCACGAUUGAUCCAAGAUUACAGCGACACUUUUGUGUAUUCGCGAUCAGCCCGCCGACAUACGACGCCAUGGUGGUAAUCUACAGUUCAAUUUUCAGCCAGCACUUGGCAAUACCUGCCCUCAAGUUUAACCCCAACGUUCAGAAACUCUGUGACAAUAUUGUAGCCGCUGCACUGAAUAUGCACAGUAAGGUAAUAUCUAAUUUUUUACCGACUGCUGUGAAAUUCCACUAUAAUUUCAAUCUAAGAGACACCUCGAAUCUUUUCCAAAGUAUUAUGUAUUGUACCGGAGAUGCCGCUCCCACUGCUUCUCACAUGAUACGUCUAUACAUGCACGAGUCUUAUAGGGUUUACAGCGACAGAUUCAUCGAACAGCCGGAUAUAAAGAACUUCAGUAAACUAUUGAUGGAGACAGUCCGCAAAGGAUUCGAAGAAUUAGACGAGGGUGAGGUAAUGGCCGAGCCAUUAAUAUUUUGUCAUUUCGCUGAAGGUUUGGGUGAUCCAAAAUACUAUAUGAUCAGAGAUAUGGAUCAUUUGAGUAGACUGCUGAACGAAGCAUUGAGUAGUUACAAUGACUUGGUGGCAGCGAUGAAUUUGGUACUUUUUGACGAUGCCAUGCAACAUAUAUGCCGAAUAAAUCGCAUAAUAGAGGGUCCUAGAGGCAAUGCGUUACUUGUUGGCGUGGGCGGUUCUGGAAAACAAAGUCUAACCCGUCUUUCUUCCUUCAUCUCUUCGUUGGAAGUUUUUCAAGUGCAAUUGAAGAAAGGAUAUUCAAUAGUCGAUCUCAAACUUGACAUUGCCACAAUUUAUGUAAAGGCAGGAAUGAAAAAUGUCAGCAGUGUCUUCUUGAUGACCGAUUCCCAAGUGGCCGAAGAGAAAUUCCUGGUAGUUGUCAACGAUAUGCUUGCUUCCGGUGAGAUUCCCGAAUUACUCACCGACGAGGAGACCGAAAAUAUUUUGAAUGUUAUGAAACCGGAAGUUAAAGCGGCUGGGUUGCAGGAAACAAGGGAGAACUGCUGGAAAUUUUAUAUAGAACGCUGUCGGAGAAUAAUAAAGACUGUUCUAUGUUUUUCUCCUGUAGGCUCCACGUUGAGAGUGCGAGCCAGAAAAUUUCCAGCGAUUGUUAACUGUACAUCGAUUAACUGGUUCCACGAAUGGCCAGAGGAGGCCUUGGAGUCCGUAUCAAAGAGAUUCUUAACCGAAAUAGAAGUUCUACCACCGGAACUGGUGCAUCCGAUAUCGUUGUACAUGUCUUUCGUGCACGUUGUAGUAAAUGAUAUGUCAGCUGCAUAUCUUCUAAACGAAAAGCGGUACAAUUACACGACACCAAAGACAUUUUUAGAAUUGAUCGCUCUAUAUUCGAAAUUGUUAACAGAGAAAAUACGCAACAUAGAAAAUAACAUAUUUAAAUUUGAAAAUGGGCUAACGAAACUUGUUUCCACUGCCGAAGAGGUGGACGGGUUGAAAGAUAUUUUGGCAGUGCAAGAAGUCGAACUGGCAGAAAAGAAUGCAGCCGCCGAUGCUUUGAUUAAAGUUUUGGCUGUAGAAAACGAAAAAGUAUCGAGCGAAAAAGAAUUUGCUUCCGAAGAAGAAGCUAAAGUAAAAGUAGUAGAAGAGGAAGUGUCCGUCCAGCAGAAAAUAUGUGCGGAAGAAUUGGCAAAAGCCGAGCCAGCCUUGAUUGCCGCCCAGCAAGCGUUGAAUACGUUGAAUAAGAACAAUCUUACCGAACUGAAGUCUUUCGCUCAACCGCCGGAUGCAGUCGUUGCUGUCACUGCUGCCGUUUUGGUUUUGUUUACACCAAAAAAUAAACCUAUGCCGAGAGACCGCAGUUGGAAAGCCUGCAAAGGUAUAAUGGCAAAAGUCGACCAAUUUUUGUCUGACCUUGUUAACUACGACAAGGAUAAUAUGCAACCCGAGGUAGUGAAAGAAGUAAUAAAGUAUACUCAAACUCCAGGAUUCAAUUACGAGAAUAUUUUAACCAAAUCGGCCGCUGCAGCUGGACUCUGCUCCUGGGUUAUUAACAUUUUGAAGUAUUAUGAUGUUUUUGUAGUGGUUGAGCCCAAGCGAAAGGCGCUGCAGAAGGCGACGAACGAUUUGAACGCUGCGCGAGCAAAAUUGACGGAAUUGAAUACAAAGUUGGGCGUACUCGAACAACAGCUAGCCGUGUUGAAAGCGGAUUUUGAUGUAGCAACAGAAGCUAAAAUGAAAUGUCAAGCAGAAGCGGAUGCAACUGCCUUGAUGAUCGAUUUAGCAAACAGGCUAGUCAACGGACUUGCAUCAGAAAACGUCCGAUGGAGGGAAUCGAUAAAAAGCUAUCAAGCAUCAAUCACAACAACUCCAGGAGAUAUUUUACUUUUGACUUCAUUUAUAUCGUACGUUGGAUGCUUUAUGAGAAAGUAUCGUAUAGAUAUGAUGAAGAAUAAGUGGUUGCCGUAUCUGAAACGUUGUGACCCUCCUAUUCCGAUGACCGAAGACCUAAAUCCUCUAUCGCUUGUAAUAGACGAUGCAGUGGUUGCUAAGUGGAACAAUGAAGGCUUGCCAAGUGACAGCAUGUCCACAGAAAACGCCACAAUUUUAGUUAAUUCGGCGAGGUGGCCUCUAAUGAUCGAUCCACAACUUCAAGGUAUAAAGUGGAUAAAAAACAGAUUCGGUUCGGAACUAAUAGUAGUGAGACUUACAACUAGAAACUACUUGGACAUGAUAGAAAGGGCGAUUUCUAAUGGGAAAGUAGUUCUCUUGGAAAACAUCGGUGAAGCUCUUGAUGCCGUCUUAGAUCCCAUUCUUGGAAGAGUUUUGAUAAAGAAGGGAAAGGCAAUUAAGUUGGGCGACAAAGAAGUUGACUAUGAUCCUAACUUCAGGCUCAUAAUUCAAACAAAGUUGGCAAAUCCCCAUUAUAAACCGGAAAUCCAGGCACAAACUACUUUGAUAAACUUUACAGUCACAAGGGAUGGUUUAGAGGAGCAACUUUUGGCGGAAGUGGUGAAGGCCGAAAGGCCGGAUUUGGAAACAUUAAAAUCUUCUCUGACAAAACAACAGAACGAUUUUAAGAUCACGAUAAAAUACUGUGAAGAUGCUUUAUUAGAGCGAUUAUCUUCGGCAACGGGCAAUAUAUUGGGAGAUGUUGCAUUGGUAGAAAAUCUGGAACGAACUAAAAAAACUGCAGCGGAAAUUGAAAUAAAAUCCGUUGAAGCAAAAGCAACAUCUAUUAAAAUUGACGUAGCUAGAGAACAUUAUCGACCUGCAGCCAUAAGGGCUUCCCUUCUUUAUUUUAUAUUGAACGAAUUAUGCAAAAUCAAUCUCAUAUAUCAGUUUUCAUUAAAGGCGUUCACCACAGUGUUUCUGAAUGCUCUGGCAAGAGCUGAUGAGGCAGACAGUCUUAAAGCUCGAGUGAUAAAUUUAUUGGACAGCAUAACGUUCAUGGUUUUCAUGUACACCAGCAGGGGAUUAUUCGAACGUGAUAAACUUAUAUUUAAAUCACAAAUGGCAUUUCAGAUUUUGCUCAAUGCGGAAGAAAUAACAUCGGAGGAGCUCGAUUUUCUCCUCCGUUUUCCAAUAGUUGCUGGUGUAAAUUCUCCUCUUGAUUUCCUCAGUCAUCAGUCGUGGGGGGGUGUUAAAGCUUUAUCCAACAGGGACGAGUUUAAGGGUCUCGAUAAGGAUCUGGAGGGUUCUGCAAAACGAUGGAGAAAAUUUGUUGAAAGUGAAAAUCCCGAAAAGGAGAAAUUACCAGGCGAAUGGAAAUCCAAGACGUCACUUCAAAGGUUAUGUAUAAUGAGAGCACUUCGCCCAGACCGAAUGACCUAUGCUAUAAAUGUUUUUAUUGAAGAGAAAUUGGGUUCCAAGUAUAUUACCGCUAGAUCGAUUCCGUUUGAGAAGUCGUACGAAGAAACGAGCAAUUCAACACCGACAUUCUUUAUAAUAUCACCUGGCGUAAAUCCUUUAAAGGACGUAGAAAUGUUAGGUAAAAAGUUGGGUUUUAUGUUCGACUCCGGCAACUUUCAUAUGGUUUCUCUUGGACAAGGCCAAGAAGUAGUUGCAGAGCAUGCGAUGGACGUUUCAGCGGAGCUUGGUCAAUGGGUUAUCCUCGAAAAUAUUCACUUGGUCGUGAAAUGGUUACCCACAUUAGAAAAGAAGAUGGAACAGUUCAACGAAGAAUCUCACAAAGAUUACAGACUUUAUAUGAGUGCAGAAGCAUCUGCUGAUCCGAUGUCUAAUGUACUGCCACAAGGAAUACUUGAGUCGUCGAUAAAAAUAACAAACGAACCGCCAACAGGAAUGUUUGCCAAUCUUCAUAAAGCUCUGGACAAUUUUACCCAAGAAACACUAGAAAUGUGCACAAAAGAGGCAGAAUUUAAAUCAAUAUUAUUCGCUCUUUGCUAUUUCCAUGCAGUAAUCCAAGAGAGACGUAAAUUUGGAGCGCAAGGAUGGAAUAGGGUUUAUCCAUUCAAUUUUGGCGAUCUUACCAUCAGUAUUAACGUAUUGUAUAAUUAUUUAGAAGGGAACCCCCGAAUUCCGUGGGACGACCUGCGAUACCUUUUCGGGGAGAUUAUGUACGGAGGUCAUAUUACUGACGACUGGGACAGGCGAUUGUGUAGAACGUACCUUUUAGAAUACAUGCAGCCCGAGUUAGUAGAAGGCGAAUUGGAAAUGGCGCCAGGUUUUAUAUCACCCCCCAACACAGAUUAUCAGAACUACCAUCGUUACAUAGAUGACAGAUUACCACCGGAAUCUCCUAAUUUGUACGGAUUACACCCGAAUGCUGAAAUUGGUUUCCUAACUGCGACGUCUGAAACUUUAUUCCAAACCGUAUUCGAACUUCAACCGAGAGAAGCUGAAGCUGCAGUUGGCGUUGGAAUAUCGAAAGAAGAUAAAGUCAGAAUGGCGAUCGAAGAUAUUUUGGACAGACUUCCGGAAGCAUUUCCUGUGCACGAAAUGAUGGCCAAAGUGGAAGAACGAACUCCAUUCAUUAUCGUUUGUUUCCAAGAAUGCGAAAGGAUGAAUAUGUUAACAAACGAGAUGAAACGAUCGUUGAAAGAACUGGAACUUGGACUGAAAGGUGAAUUGACCAUCAGUUCAGUCAUGGAGGAAUUGAUGGAAUUUUUGUUUAUGGAUAAAGUACCUGAUCCUUGGGUAGCCAAAGCCUAUCCCAGCCUACUUGGCCUUAGUGCGUGGUGUGCAGACUUGGGAAAUAGAAUUAGAAGCUUAGAAGACUGGUCUGGCGAUUUAAAUUUGCCUCCAACAGUCUGGUUGGGUGGAUUCUUCAAUCCACAAUCAUUUCUUACGGCCAUUAUGCAACAGACGGCUCGAAAAAAUGAAUGGCCGUUGGAUAAGAUGUGUCUGCUUACUGACGUAACAAAGAAACAGAAAGAAGAUUUUACGAGUCCACCAAGAGAGGGUGCUUAUGUCCACGGACUAUUCAUGGAAGGGGCACGAUGGGAUAUCGCUACUGGUAGUAUAGCUGACUCGAAACUGAAAGAAUUGUAUCCAGUUGUGCCCGUAAUAUAUAUUAAGGCGAUUACGCAAGAUAAACAAGAUCUGAAGAACAUGUACGAUUGUCCCGUUUAUAAGACGAAAUUGAGGGGACCGACCUUUGUUUGGACAUUCAAUUUGAAAACUAAGGAGAGACCGACAAAGUGGACUUUAGCAGGCGUCGCAAUUUUACUGCAAAUAUGAUGUAGAAUAU